AUGUGGGUUAAUUUCCUUCCCGUGCAGUGUCCUCCCUCUUUGGUUUGACCGGAGUAGUUUUUGUAACCCGAACAAGCAUUCCCAGUCUCCAUCUUUGCCGGAUGCCAAAGCUCCAUCUUUCACAGGCUCCUAUAAACUCUCCAUCAGUCAUUCCCAUCUGUCCCAAAGUCCCAGUCUAACUUCAAAUUCCUCAUAUCCAUGCUCUUACUCUGGAAGAUCAUCUGAAAAAAUGGGGAAUAAAAUUGCUCGUACAACGCAAGCGUCUGCUACGGAGUACUACCUCCAUGACUUGCCGUCUUCGUACAACCUGGUACUAAAGGAAGUUUUAGGCCGGGGGAGGUUUCUGAAAUCGAUUCUCUGUAAACACGACGAGGGGCUUGUAUUGGUGAAGGUGUAUUUCAAAAGAGGCGACUCCAUUGAUUUGCGCGAUCAUGAACGACGCCUCUCACAAAUAAGCGAAAUCUUCGGUGGCAUCGAUCAUCCCCAUGUUUGGCCUUUUCAGUUCUGGGUGGAAACAGAUAAAGCUGCCUAUUUGCUGAGGCAAUACUUCUUUAAUAAUCUUCAUGAUCGUCUUAGCACGCGGCCUUUCCUAAGUCUCGUUGAGAAGAAAUGGCUGGCUUUCCAGUUGCUAUGUGCAGUGAAGCAGAGCCAUGAACGUCGAGUCUGUCAUGGCGAUAUUAAAUGUGAGAAUGUGUUGGUCACUUCUUGGAACUGGCUUUAUCUUGCGGAUUAUGCAUCUUUUAAACCCACAUAUAUUCCACAUGAUGAUCCAUCCGACUUCUCAUUUUUCUUUGAUACUGGUGGAAGGAGGCGAUGUUACUUGGCUCCUGAGAGAUUUUAUGAGCAUGGAGGUGAGACACAUGUUGCACAAGAUGCACCGUUAAAGUCAUCCAUGGAUAUCUUUUCUGCAGGGUGUGUUAUCGCUGAGCUUUUCCUUGAGGGCCAGCCUUUAUUUGAACUAUCCCAAUUACUUGCCUAUCGGAGAGGACAGUAUGAUCCUAACCAACUUCUGGAAAAGAUUCCAGAUUCAGGUAUCCGCAAGAUGAUCCUUCAUAUGAUUCAGUUGGACCCAGAGUUGCGCUGUUCAGCUGAAAGCUACUUGCAGAGUUAUGCCGGUGUUGUGUUCCCAAGCUACUUCUCGCCAUUUCUUCACAAUUUCUAUUGCUUGUUGAAUCCACUGAAUUCCGAUGCAAGGGUCUUGAUAUGCCAGACCUCUUUCCAAGAGAUACUUAAACAGAUGAGCAAUGGGCAACCAGAUGGGAAGAAUGCAUCCACUAUGUGCUUCUCUACGUGUACAGCCUGUCAUGUGCUGCAAGGAAAGGAUACACAUCAAAGUUCAAACAAAUUAAAGGACUACUCGAAUAAAAGAGAGGGGAUGAAGAGUGGAUCAAUUCAUGAUCGGUUCGAUCUCCUUGGUGAUGUGAAUACUUUACUCACGGAUGUCAACCAAAGGAAUAUAUGUUCUUCUGUUAACCCAAUGCUGGAGGAUGUAGCCAAUGCAGCAUAUUCUGAAUACCGGAUGCAUUGCGGCAUGCAGUCUCCGGGUGAGCUAUUUCAGACGGUCUCCAAAGUGUUCAAGAGAAACCACCACCCAUUUUUGGAAAAAAUAACUGUGAAAGAUUUGACUUCUCUCAUGUCUGAUUAUGACAAUCAAUCAGACACUUUUGGGAUGCCAUUCUUACCUUUGCCUGAUGAUGUAUUGAGCUGUGAAGGUAUGGUUUUGAUUGCAUCAAUGCUGUGCUCAUGCAUACGGAAUAUAAAGUUGCCUUUUAUGAGGAGAGGGGCUAUACUUCUGCUGAAGUCUUGUUCGUUAUAUAUUGAUGAUGAAGACCGUUUGCAAAGAGUGCUGCCAUAUGUCAUUGCCUUGCUUCCAGAUCCAGCAGCAAUUGUUCGAUGUGCUGCAUUAGAAACUUUAUGUGAUAUUCUUCCUCUAGUUCGAGAUUUCCCUCCAAGUGAUGCCAAAAUUUUUCCAGAGUAUAUUCUUCCAAUGCUUUCUAUGCUUCCUGAUGAUCCUGAAGAGAGUGUGAGGAUCUGUUAUGCCAGCAAUAUAUCUAAGCUAGCCUUAACUGCCUAUGGGUUUCUUGUUCACUCAAUUAGUUUAAGUGAAGCAGGGGUUCUGAAUGAGGUGGAUUUAUCUCAGAAGGCUUCAGUCUCAUCCACUGAGCCAUCAGGACGACUACUGAGUCUGAACAGCAGUGACACACAGCUUGCACAAUUGAGAAAAUCAAUUGCUGAGGUCAUUCAGGAACUAGUGAUGGGCCCCAAACAAACCCCAAAUAUUAGGAGAGCGCUCUUGCAAGAUAUUGGCAACCUUUGUUGUUUUUUUGGCCAGAGGCAAAGCAAUGAUGUCCUUUUGCCAAUUCUUCCUGCUUUCUUAAAUGACCGAGAUGAGCAGCUUAGGGCCAUAUUCUAUGGGCAAAUUACUUAUGUCUGUUUUUUUGUAGGCCAAAGAAGCGUAGAGGAAUAUCUUUUGCCCUACAUUGAUCAGGCAUUGACCGAUGUAACUGAAUCUGUCAUUGCCAAUGCAUUGGAUUGCUUGGCUAUUCUUUGCAAAAGUGGUUUUCUACGAAAGGCCAUCCUGCUUGAAAUGAUAGACCAUGCUUUUCCACUGCUUUGUUGUCCUAGUCAAUGGGUAAGAAGGGCAGCUGUUGCAUUCAUUGCUGCCAGCAGUGAGAGCUUAGGUGCAGUGGAUUCAUAUGUUUUUCUCGUCCCUGUUAUUCGCCCAUUCAUCCGAAGGCAACCAGCAUCUUUAGCUUCAGAAAAUUGUCUUUUCUCAUGCCUUAAGCCUCCUGUUCCAAGAGAGAUAUACUACAAGCUUUUGGAAAAUGCAAAAAGCUCCGAUAUGCUUAACAGACAGCGAAAGAUAUGGUAUAAUUUGUCAUCACAGUCCAAACAAUGGGAAACCCUGGACUUAAUCGAAAGAAAUUCUGCCGAAUUUGAUCAAAUGUCAUACUGGCCUGACAGAAAGCGUGACUAUCAAGGCCACAAUUUUGGCAAUGAUAAGCCACUUGAUUCCUCUGACUGUGAUGAUAACGAGACCAAGUUGAGAGCUUUAGGAAGCUUGAUACAGAACCCCUCCAGCACAAUGGAUAACCAGGAUCUGCUUUCUUCAGAAAAAAUGCAAUUGUCUGGAUUUGUAUCUCCACAAGUGAGUAGUAUGAAUGGCUUAAUUGAUAAACCUUCAGAGGGAAUACCAUUGUACUACUUCAAAGUUGACAACAAGGGAGUAGCUGGAAAUGGUCCUACUGUUUCUGAUUCGUCAUUACCAUACACUAGUUUGUCAUUUGGUUCAUCAUCUAUGCCAUGGAUGGAUACAGUAAACAAGUCGUUUAGUUUGGCUAAUUCAGUUCCAGCACCUAAGCUUGUCUCAGGUUCGAUUAGCUUCGGCAACAACUCUACCCGAUUGCGGAGAGUUGUACAUGAAAUCGAGGACAGGGAAGCUGACCAAACGUCAUAUAUUGGUAACAAGUUUCAAGAUCUUGAUAUGUCUUCCACAAAAAAAGGGAUUUCCCUUACCAUGGAAGACCACUUAACUGCAAAUGAUGGAACAGAGUUACCAUCUUUUGCUCGAAUGUCAACCGUUCCAGAUUCGGGGUGGAAGCCUCGUGGGGUGUUAGUUGCUCACCUACAGGAGCACCACUUGGCUAUAAAUGAUAUUGCUGUUUCAACAGAUCAAAGUUUUUUUGUGAGUGCAUGUGACGAUUCAACUGUUAAGGUUUGGGAUUGCAAAAGGUUAGAGAAGGACAUCUCAUUUAGGUCAAGGUUAACUUACUCUUUAGGGGGAAGUAGAGCUUUGUGUCUUUGUGUACUCCAUGGUUCUGCUCAAGUUGUCAUUGGUGCUUGUGAUGGAACAAUACACAUGUUUUCUGUUGAUUACAUCUCUCGAGGACUGGGCAACAAUGUUGUUGAGAAAUACUCUGGUGUUGCUAAUGUGAACAAGCACGGUGUGGGAGAGGGUGCAAUAUUAAGCGUAUUGAACUACUCACCAGAUGGUGGGGCCUGCAAAAUGAUUCUGUAUUGUACCCAAAAUUGUGGGCUCCACAUCUGGGAUGCAAGAACUAGCGCAAAUGCCUGGAGCUCAAAUGUUUAUCCUGAGGAGGGUUAUGUGUCUUCUCUUGUCGCAGGUCAUUGUGGGAAUUGGUUUGUGACUGGGUCAUCAAGGGGUGUACUCACACUUUGGGAUCUCAGGUUUUGUGUACCUGUCAACUCAUGGCAGUAUUCUCUCUCUUGCCCUAUCGAGAAAAUGUGUCUUUUUGUUCCUCCAUCAAGCACCUCCUUGUCUGUCGCAGCAAGACCUCUUGUUUAUGUUGCAGCGGGCUGUAAUGAAGUCUCUCUGUGGAAUGCAGAAAACGGGAGCUGUCACCAGGUAUUGCGGGUGGCAGAUGACGAGAACGAGGCUGAAAACUCUGAUUUGCCCUGGGCUUUGGCAAAACUCUCCAGCAAAGCUACUACUUCUAAGAAAGAUAAAAGAAGAAACCAAAAUUCGAAGUAUAGAGUUGAAGAGUUGAACGAGUUUCCUCCACGUCUUCCUGGAAUUCGUGCUCUGCUUCCAUUACCCGGUGGGGAUUUGCUAACAGGGGGCACCGACUUAAAAAUACGUCGUUGGGACCAUUGCAGCCCUGAACGAACGUAUUGCGUCUGUGGACCAUCUAUAAAGAGAGUUGCAAAUGAUGAUUUUUAUGAGGUGAAAUCUAGCUUUGGUGUUCAAGUUGUACAGUUAUUUUUUGUCUGGGGCACCAAAAUUCCUGGAGACGGCCCUGGGCAAGAUCUGCAGAAUCUGCGGUGAAGAGGAUCAGCAGGGAUGCUAAUGGUCUCAGCGGCUACAGGGCGGCGGCAUGGCUUGGGCGGCAGAGGCGAUGCCAUGUUUUGGGAGGCGGCGGCGACUCCAUGCCUAGAUCGGCAGCUCCCUGGUUUGGAAGGCGAUGAAGUAGAUCGAAAGGUGUAGAUGGGGGAGUGAAGAUGGGUGUUUUGUUUUGAGAUUAUGUGGGGGGUAUUUUUGCCAGUUAACAAACAAGUAGUCUCUUUUUUGUCUAGAAGUCCUAGCAGAGCAUCCAGUUUCUGUGAGGUAUCCAGGAAUUUUUUCUCGUUCACUAAGGAUUGCUCUAGCAGUCGUUGCUCCAAUUGUAUCAUCCGUUCCUCCAUUUUGGCCGAUAAACUUGCUAUAGUCACCUUCUUGGCCAGGAUGUAUGUUAGGAAGCUUAGAUUGAUUUUAAUGGCAGAAGUGAGUCCUCAGAAUCGUGCUCUGUUACCAAUUGGUAUGGACCUAGCCCAUACUAGGCCCAUACCAGUGCCAUAAGUUCAGGUGUAGAACUCACUCUUAAAAGACCAGCCGAUUAGGAGAAGGGGACACCGGCUUAUAAGCCACCGGUCAAGCCCAUACUUGACCAGUGUGGGAUCGUUACAAUACCCCACACUUUGAAGAGCCAACGUCCUCGUUGGUCACGACUAUGUUGGUCACGGUUGGCACCCCCCAGUGUUCAAGCCACCACUCCAUAGCCACCACUCCGAGUGUCGGUAUGCCAUCUGGACACAUUGCUCUCUUUCGCCUCAUCUUUCUUAAAGCAUCCUUACAAGGUUUUGAAAGGCGAAAUCGGACCCUGAUGGCAGCCACCCAAGGCGUAAGGCUCGAGGCGUAAUGACAUGUAAGCCUCAAAAUUAAUUGCUUAAGUUUUGCUACAAGCUUACAACAUAUCAGAUAAUAUAGAUUCAUAACAAUAGUGCUCCUAAACAAAAUCACAAGUAAAAAGAACAUAACAAUAAAUUAUCCAAGUCAAAAUAACAUAUAACUGAAAUACCAAAGUCAAAACUCAAAAGAACAGAAAACACUAAAACUCCAAGACAAAAGAACAUAAAAGCUUAGGGAUUUAAGUUUGCAAAUUGACAAAUCACAGCUAUUAAUCUUCAAAACUAAGUUUAUCGUCCAUUUCAUUAGUGUCCAAAUUAGUCAUGUCAUUUUGAUUCCAUCCCCUUUCUUAUCACAGGCCUCAUUAUCUUCUUUAGUUCCAAUCGUAAGGUCCACCCCUACUCACAUAAAGUCAAAAAUAAUAGAAUCAACCGGGAUGCUAGUUAGGUGUAAAUAAUUAUAUUGAAGUGACAAAGAAAUAAAAUAUUAAGUUAUGAACCUCUAAGUUCAUUGUUCAUUUCAUCAACAAUCAACAAUUAAUGCAAGUUCAUCAUUUGCAGCUGCACUUUCUCCGUCAUAUGCAUUCGGUUCAACAAUCCACUCAUCAUUAGAUGAUACAUUUUCGAAGACCAAAUUAUCCUCUUUCUUUUGUAAUCGGCUCCUCCUAAACUUCAACUUCUUGUUGACAAGGUUGUUAGGAUCGCGAGGUAAGUCGUAAGAUCGUACGAGUUUGCGAUGUGAAGAGGGGGAAUCGCGUCAGCUCGCUCCAAAGAUCGCAAAUUGACCUGGGAUCAGCGGAUCGUCGAGUAGGAUCGUAAAUCGUACGCCUCGCCGAUCCAAAACGAGCUGCGACUGCUCCGUUCAAAAACGGGAAAAAGAACGACGCCAUUGAAGUCUGAAACGGCGAGUUUGAAAAAAAAAUUAACGACUUACGAUGAACGAAGGCCAAGCGACGAGUUUCAAUCGUUAAUCUUCCUGCUUCAUCCGCUAUAAAUCAGUCGUCUCUUUCUUGAGUCUUCAUCCUUUCUUUAUUCUCCGAUUGUCUCUAUGUCAUCCGCUUAUUCUUCAGCUUUCUGUGUCGUCAUCUUUCUGAACGAAGGCCAAGGGACGAGAUUCUGGGGUGUUUGGAUCUGAUUUUUAAAACUGCUUCUGCUCCUCCAGGGAGCAGAAGCAGAAGCUAGAGUGUUUGGGUGAAAGUGCAGAUGUGAUUCUGGUGCUCUAAUUUACUCCUAGAAUCAGUUUUUUUAGAAGCUGAGGGGACCAGCUUCUCAAAACAGAUGCUGAUUCGCUUCUACUUUGAAAAAGAAGCAGAAUCAGAAUUGGUUCCAAACACCCCCUCUAUGUGUGUCGGUAGCUUUAGAAAAUAUUCCACCGCUUAUACUCCACUUUACUAAAGCCACUUUAGUAAAGGGGUUAUUAUUGACUCUGACUUCUGAAGUUUUGAUAGCAUUAAAUAUGCCAUGAUGGAUGAUCAUUUUAACCCGAAUGAUUUUGUUUAAAGUUGUCUUAUUUAAUUUAUCUUAAGUUUGUUAUGCACUUAUGCCAAGUGUUUUAAACUUUUAAUUCAAAAAUGACAUUAUGCUAUUCAUAUUUCAUAUUUCAAAAGUUUUAAGUUUAAAUAUAUAUAGUUAUAUCUAUAAUCUAUAUAUAUAUAUGCAUGGUAUCUUUGCUUUAAAGAUCUUACGAUCCGAGUUACGAUCCACGAGUUACGAUCUCCUAGCCCCCUUCCGAUCCGAGCUAGGAUCUCGAGUUUAACAACCUUGCUUGUUGAACAUUAAUUACAUUAUAAACACCAAACUAUUCAACAUAAUGAUUGAAAGACAAUUCUUUCUCUUCGUGUGGACUUGAUUGAUUGUGCUCCAAUUUCGUUCACUAGCUGAGGAAGAACACGUCAAGCCAAGAAUUUUGACUUCAAAAGCCCGUAGUUCUGGAAUAUGAUCUCCAAAUUGAUCCCAUCAUUUCACUAAAAUUAAAAAAAAAAUGUCAAAGAACUAACAAAUGUAGUUUUACAGAUUUAGUAGGUAAGGCAGUUUUUAUGCAAAGAAAUUGCAGUUUUCAGUUUAAGACCUUAGGUAAUAGACAAAAAACAUUUUUAGUAGUUACCUUAAGUAAAAUAAAAAAAAAUUGCAGCUUUUAGUUUGAAUUUAGAACUUAAAAAUUUACAUACAUGAUACACUAUAUAUAUAGAUCAAGGAUAUAUGGAGUAGUUUAUGUUUACCUGGGGAUGUGUUUUAUAUGAAUUUUGCGCUGCCCUCAUUCCAAAAGGUCCACACUUGUAUUGAUAUUCAUCCAUUUGUGCAUCAGCUUCGUUAAAAUCAUAACUAUCAGAAAUCAGUCUCUAUACAAGUGUACAAACCUUCCUUAACCUCCACAUGAGUAGAGAGGCCAUCCUACCAUAUAAAUCCGGGAUUCAAAUAAUGACGCGGCAUGUACAAAACAUGUUUACUCCUAUUUAGGGCAAUUACCCUUCAAAUUUCAUCGUACCGAACAAGUCCCUUCUUCCAAAGGGUUUUAGUAGGCAGCAAAGGCUGUAGCCACACCUUACGCAAGAAAGAAAUUCAGGGAUUUGAUAAAAAUCGAACUGAAGAAUUGGUUCCCGAUCAUACAUCGAUUCAGUUUAUAGAGUUCUAAAAACUGAAUUGUCGGUUCGCUUUGUAAUUUUUCUAUUUCAGUUCAGGAUCCGAACCGAACCCAACUCUAGUUAAAUUACCUAGCUCCCCUUUAUUUCCAUCAUUUGCAAUGGAGCCAAAGAUUCAUUAUUUUUUGGUUUGAGAUUAUGUGGAAUAAAGCAAAAUGGCUCACUAAACUGUCUGCGCUUCUUUGUUAUGGAGCAGCAGUCGGUCCAUGCAAUAUUGGACGCGAUUUUCACUAUGGGUCAUCCGAAAACAGUCUCUCUGUGCUUUAGUAUAGGGGUAAGACUGCGUACAUCCGACCCCCCCUUACCCCACCGUAGUUGGGAGCCUUUGCGGCACUGGGGCAAAUGAAAAUGAUGAAAUGAUUAAGAAUAUUUGAAUGGGAAAAUACAAAAAAGAGAAAUGACUAAUCAAAGUCUUGUGGUUCGAUGACAUAAUUGUGACACUCCCAAGAGGAGGUCACAAGCUCGAAACCAAUCCAAGUGAAGGAUAUUGGCAAGAACGAAUACGGGGUACUAUAAUUGAUCAGAAAGCAUAUAAAGAAAGGCAUAUACUAGUAUAAUUUUGAGGGUUGAGCCACGUAACUGCACUUUCUAAUUCUACUUGCACCACAACUUAUUUUGUUUGCUAUCUAUUUCAUGGUCUUGUCAUCUUGUGUACUCUCCCUUUUGCUUUUAAAUAUGACAUAAUUUUGUUUGGUUUUGUUUCCUGAUCUGGAAAUGUUAAAAUGGUGCUGAAUAUAGUGGACUGAAUUCCAACUAACCUUAAUUGUAGGAGGCAAAGAGACGACCCUUAGCACCCAGGUUAACCGCUAAGGCCAUCCUGUCAGCCGCUGCCGCAGAUUCUGCUGGUUGUCACCGGGACUCCAUUCUCUCUUUAGCCUCUGUGAAGUUGAACCAGAGACUACUGAUAUCCAGCUGUAGGGAUGGUGCCAUAAAGGUUUGGAAGUAAAGGACUAACAUAGCUUUGUUUUUUUGGCAAAGAAUAACAUAGUUUUGUUGUUUACUGUAAAUAUAUUUAACGUAUAAUUAUUAUGCUAAAAAAAUAUGUGCAUUGUAUAUAGAAGAUCCACGUUAAGAUAGCUCAGAUCUAGUUUCCUAUUUAAAUUAAUUUUUCCCUCAUACCUGUGAAAAUUUAUGAUUUUGUAAUAUUUGGCGGCUAGGAAUUAAUAUGGUGUAUAGAAACGUAGAGAUUGACUAGUCUCCUUCUACAAGGACGACGGACAUUAUUUCAUGAAUUGUGUGAACAUUAUUAUGUUUAUUUACUCCAAGUAAUGACAAUAUUUUAA